AACAUGCACAGCCCAUAGCCGAGCCCGCGUUUGGCUUUGAUCGUUUGUUGUCACUGCUUAUGGUUUUUCUAAUUUCCUGAUUAAAAAUCGUUUUUGCAUUGGACUACGAAAAACUUCAGCAAAGUGAAAUUAAAUUUGAUAAAGGAUCAUAAACCAUGGCAAACGAAGUUGUGGUCGACGCUCUGCCCUACAUCGAUCAGGGUUACGACGAGCCAGGAAUCAGGGAGGCUGCCCUUGCGAUGGUGGAGGAAGAGAACAAAAGGUACAGACCCACGAAGAACUACCUCGAGCACCUUCCGCAGCUGAACUUGAGCGCCUUCGAAACCGACACCAUGAAAAAGGAAUUCGAGAGAUUGGCCCAAAAGCAGCCGAUGGACCUGUUGAGCAUGAAGAGGUACGAGCUUCCCACGCCUCCGUCUGGCAAAAUGACGGACAUCUCGGCGUGGAGCGAGUGCGUGGACAACUCGAUGGCGCAGCUGCAGCACCAGGCGACUCGAAUUUGCAACCUCGAGCUGAUGCUGGAGCACAGUUGCGAGUCGUGGAAGAGCUACCUGGAAGUUCUGAUCCAAUUAGUGUUGAGCGCACAGAAACAGCUGCAGUCGCUGCGUAAGUCCAUCCAGGAGGUUAACUGGCAGCGGAAGAACGAGCAGCUGCAGGCCGGCGACAACCUCAAGGCCCUCGAGACUAAGUGGGUCGGACUUGUGUCUAAAAACUACGAAAUCGAGCAAGCGUGUGCGUUGUUAGAGAACACUCUGCGCUCUGAAGCAGCCGUUUCCGCUGAGAGUGGAGAGUAAAAUUUAAGGAUGCGGCUAACUAUAAGCAUUAAAUGGAUUUUUUAUUGAAUAAAUGAUUUGUGUAUAGUGGUACCUGA